UAAAAGCUUUAUAUGAGUCAACUGUUAGCGUAAGCCCGAUUUAUACCGCGGGAUUCCAAAACUAGCUAUGAGCCGAUUGGUAAACAACCUGACCGCGUUAUCUGGGAUUUCGGGUCGACUCGAUUGAUUCUGAUUUUUGAAAAGAAUGCCCUUGCCAACACGGUUGUUGUGAGCUACUCACUUGCCCGUUACAUCAGCAUUACCAAUUGCAAAAAAAUAGAGUUAUGAACUGCUAAAGUUCUCGAAAUUAAUAUCUAAUUAUGCUAGUUACGCCACAUGCCUUUUACUUUUAAUAAAAAUGGUCACAGUUUAUAGUAUUGUUAUUCAACCAAGUUAAGAGUAUUAAUCAAACAGGUGCAUUAUAGAAUGUGGAUAGUGUUCUAAUGAAAGUAGCCCAAUAUAGUGAUGAAUAUAGGUUACACAACGUUGUCAACGCAUAAUGGAGCUUUUUGAAGUACUGCAACUAAUUUUCGUCAUAGUUUUAAUAAUAAUAUGUGCCUUGUGGAUGAUGUUAUGGCCAGGUAAACCUGACGAUCAAAUUGGAUAUGGGCUGAGCAGACGGGGAAAGCAUGCUGGGUACAUGGCGGGAUACAUGGCCUCCAAAAAAAGAAAUAAAGUCCCAACCGUUAUUGCCAAUCCAAGGAUAUCGAGCAAUAAUGGCAAGAAAUCUGGCCGUAGAAAUUCAGCCCCAGCUGUUACCGAACCAUUACAAUCGCCAUCGAAAGACAAUGACCAACAUAAAAUAAGCAAGAAGAAAAAGACGAACAGGAAUAUAAUCUUUAAUCCGCAAGACUUGGAAAAUUUAACCGUUCAGAGUGGAACACUCCCUUCUCAUCGGCGUGUUCAUGAAUCGAAUUACAUCAAUGUAGCUGUAAAAGACAAAUUAUUUGACGGUGAUGUACGGACAAGUGAUAGACUGAAUGUUCCCGCCGAUCUCUUUGAUGAUAUUGUAGCCACGCGUGUCAGAUCGGAUCGUGCUAGCGCCGAUGGAAUCAUAAGCUCAAAGAGCAAGAUGGGGAAUUUCGGAUCUUUGCUAGCGGGAGGAGACAGUGACCAACUAGGCCCGGAUUUAACACCGUAUAAAGUUCUGGAUAAUAGCUCGGAACACAGUCUCAAACAAAACUGUAACUUGAAAGGUAAUUAUGAGAAAGAUUCAAUCGGCCAAGCGGCUGGAAGUACUGAUGACCAUUUUCCCGACGAAACUAACAGUCUGCAGAACUCGCAUAGUGGAACAGGGCAAUCCUUUUUCGAGGAACAACACGUGACAUUUAACGACAAAAAUGCAUACCAUGGGUAUAGAUCAGGGAGUUCUGAAAUCGACAAUACUGAUUUGAAGCAGUUUGCACGGUCGGAUCAACGGAAAGUUAACACAGAUAGGUAUGUUCGUGACAAUGGUGCAAGAGACACUAUUGCUACCAGCCGGUUGAGUGAUCGUAGUACUGGCACAUUUCCUGGCCAAGAGCCAGCGGUCACCGACGGUGGUGUUCCUUAUAAUGGUGCUAGACCCAAAACUUUCGUAAGCGACGCACCUAGAAGAAACAAAAUAUCAAUACCAAACCAACCGCCUGUCACAACCGUUGACGGUGAAAACUCUGACAACAGUGCUAGAGCUGAUGUUUUAUACAGUUGCGUACCAAAGUCACCAACAGAUGAUCGCAACAGUGCCCGGACUAGUAGUUGUCAGUCCGACGGAAUGUGCGGUCCUUCACGUUCGGAUGUACUUACACUUGCACAAGGACCAUUGUUCAUACCUGCUGUAGUAAAUUCUUCACAAUUAAGACAGAUGGCGGGUGAGAACAUCUCGGAUUUGAUAGAACAAAGCCACAUCGCCGCCGACGAUGGCGACAUCGACGGGGCUCGGACGCUCGCCUUAAAAGCGCUUGUUGGCGCCUGCAAGGAAAAAGAUGACUAUCUCAAUGGGUUGAACCCGGGUAUUCAGGAGCAACAGCUUGCGGAUUGGUUUGGCGAAUGUUCCUUCGUCUUUAACAAGAUUGGCGAUUAUAUCCAGUCGGCCAGAUAUUUUUACACAGCAACACUGUUUGACGGAAGAUGGACAGAACAGGAGCAUAUAGCAGUUUCAGACGUCUUGUGGAAUAAUAUCGUGUACAAUGUACCCGCAUUCGAGCUUUUCAUCACGCAACGUAAUAUAUUUGCGUUUCUUGUGGAACUGGACAGGAUCGCAAAACUUGCGGAGAAAACCAAGAAAUGGAAACUGUGUUUGCUGAUUGAAGCAGAUAUCAAUCGUGUUUACAGCGUAUUGUUCAGUUUCCAUGGUAUCGGAACUCAAAAUAUACGGUCCCACCCAGGUCGCAAAGAGGCCAUGUGGAGAACAGCCAGAUGCUGUUUGCAAAUAGGAGAUCACAUGAACGUGAAAAAAGUAUGCAGUAUCAUUCUGCAAGAGUUCUGUGACUACAAUGAUGUUGAAGCCUUCGAGUUGUGGAGCAAGGCACUGUGUAUGUCUGGAGACUACGAUUUGGCACUCAAGAAGUGCGAGCUGGCCUUACAAUAUUGUCAGGCUGAAACCGAUGAUCGUAAACGCCUAGAAGCGCUCCGCAAUCAGAUUUCUUUGAAGAUCCCGACGCAAGAGGACAAUGCAGACAUUGAACCCGACCAAUCGUGGCUCGCUGGGACAAGUGCAUUCAACAGCACUGUCGCAAACAAUAAACGUUCAAGCACACCAGAUUCCGAUAUGUCUCGGCGUCAAAAGAAACACAAAAGACCAAAAGCCCGGAGCCCUAGUUUAGCGACCCCAGAUGCAGUUAAAGAGCAAAUAAAGGCCCAGUUACAAAAACAAGAGCAACAAAGGACUAGAAAACGCUCGAGUGACAGUGCUGAACGAACAAACAACAGCAUUAUAUCACAAGAACAAGGUCAUUCACGAAAAAACUCCAAAUUCAACGGAUCUGACCUUGUCAACAACACAGUGAGGCGAUUGCCAAAUGGCAUGCGAUCAAGGCAUGAAAGCCAUACCAGUACCACAAGUUCUGUCUCGUAUGAUUACGUGAGCAUCUUCGACUCUGACUCAGACGACGAAACUGAUGUUGAAACUACAUCAACAAAUUCAAGCUUGAAUACAUCCGGCCUUGACAUAGAAGAUGGUAUUGAAGAGAAUGAACCGAGGAUGGAUGACAAUGCCUCGUUUUAUGAACAAAGUUGUCGUUACUACCAGGAAGCCGUUGUAGACCAGAAUGUAGAAAAACUAGUGAAGGAGGACGCAAUUUUAAAACAUGGCGUUGACUUAAACAUGUCUUAUAUGAGUCAGUUCGAAGACAGGCACCCAGGUGUUGUGAACCGUGAUACGUUUUAUGGAAAAGCUUUAUCCGAAGCUGAAAUGAAAGAAAAGAUCCUGAUGAACCCCCAAAAGUAUAUUCCAUGUACCAUUCAAAUGGAAGGCGCGCACGAAGCGUUUUGCUCUCCUGUUGGCGGAAAUCAUCCUUUCUCAGUGAUUGAGAUAUCGGGAAGGUCGAAGAUUGGCCAAGUGUUCAAUGAAGAUAAAGUUCUUGUUGAAUUAUUAGACGACAAUAAAACGCACGAGAAAAGGUUUGGAAAAGUCCUUGGAGUAUUAGAACGUCAGCGGCAUAAGGACGUGAAGAAUCCUGUUUUCAUCUGCACCUUGGAUGAUAUGGAGAGUCACCUUGUUCGUCCAAUGUGCAAAACUGUUCCAAAAGUACACAUAAUCAACAAACAAGUUGCUGAAAAAUAUGGAUACAAGGGCAAACGCUUCAAGGUUGAAGUAUAUGAAUACAAUGAGAGGGCAGGAAUACUAUGUGACCCUAAGAUCUACGAUAUCAAUCCUGCUGGACAGAAAACGUACGUGUUUCUUGUAGCAUACAUUAGCUGGAGUCCGCUUCAUGUUUAUCCUAUUGGGGCUAUCAUCAAGAUUUUAAAUUGGGGAAACAGCAUUCCCAAAGGUUUGGCGAUACUCAACCUCCAGCAUGAAGUUCCGUCAAUGUACAAGCAAGAAACGGUGCAGCGAACCGAGAGCAUUGUCCGACGGGGUGGCGAUGAACCGAGUGAAAACAUGUUUGUUGGAAGGACAGAUCUUACACACUUAGAGGUAUUUACUAUUGAUCCUCCUGACGCGAAAGACUUGGAUGAUGCUCUAAGUAUUGAGGAUGAUGGCGAUGGUUAUAGAGUGGGUGUGCAUAUUGCAGACGUCUCAUCGUUUGUUGAAAAAGACGAUCCUAUCGACAAUGAAGCGCACGACCGGUCGACAACAUUUUAUCCAGGGAUUCGGAGACCACGGAACAUGAUACCCGAACCACUUGGUUCAAAUCUUUGUAGUCUGUUGCCGCAUCGACGACGAUUGACAAUGUCUGUGUUUUUUCUUCUUGAUAAUACAGGAAGACCAAGACAAAUGGAAGGUGACAAUUUUCUUAUCGAAGAAUCCUUCAUCAGGUCGCGGAAACAGCUGUCAUAUGGCGAGGCUCAAAAAAUAAUUCAAUCAAACGAAAGCUGCCAUGAUAAUCAACUUUCAAAGGACAUUCGAAUGCUGUUUCGAUUGGCAAAACACAUCAGAAUGAGACGACUUGGUAAGUCAAUGUAUUCAAUCAAUCAAGAUUGGGAAGAGUGUGCGGACGACGAAUCAAUGUCGGAAACUAAAGAAGCACAUUACCUUGUUGAAGAAUUUAUGAUCAUGGCGAACAAGAAAAUAGCAGAAGUAUUAAAGAGACGUUUCCAGGGUUGCUUGCCUAUUCGUCGCCAGCCGCCGCCUAGCUUGGAAGGUCUUCAAGAGUUCAUCAAUAACAAUGGACCAUACAUAGACAUAAUGUCUAUGUUCCAAGGAAAAGGUCUAAAGGGUGUGGAGAGAGGCGUAUACAAUUACUUACACAAUACUGAUCAUUCGAAGGAAACCAAAACCGUCGCAGUGUCAGAAGUGCUAUGGAAGCGAAUGAAGUCAUCACCGGAAUUUGCAGCGAAGAGUCUUCAGACGGAUCUGUUGUUUGCGUAUCAACAUGUCAUUUAUCAAGAGUGGCUGUCAAUCCAGGAACGUGCUGGGUACGUGUGCGCCGCAAGUGUGUCUGAAGACGAUGGUAAACAUUACUCUUUAGGAUUAUAUCCUUACACGCAUUUUACGUCUCCUAUCAGGAGAUACAAUGACCUUGUCAUCCACAGAUUGUUGCGGGCUUAUAUCCGGCGUCAGCCGUCUCCGUACAGCAGGAACGAAAUAGAAAAUAUCUGUGUGAAAGUGAACACAAUGUCAAGAAGGUCUAAGCAAUACCAAAGGGAUUGUAGAGCGCUUCAAGAAGCUGUCGAUUUGCACAACAACCCGCAAAUGAUGGGAUGUUUUGUUGCUGAGGUGUCAGACCGCGGCUUUUCGUUAUGCUCUCCGUCACUUAAACACACAAAGAAAACAAACCGGAACUUGCACUUUAACCUUUUGGACAUGGGAUUUAAACCGGAAGUGUUCAAGGAUAAAAGCACUAAUUGGGACAGUGUAGUAGCGACUUGGAGAAAACGCCUUUAUGAUGUCAAAGGUGAAGCUCCGAUGUACCCGCCAGAUCGCGAUGACCUUACGCUUAACCAUCGGAGGCACGUUUCUCUCAUACCAUUGCCAAUCUGGGCGAAGAUGGUUCAAUCUGCUUCUGAUGGUCGACUGGAUGACCUUUCGCGACACAUUAAAGUAGCUGCCUCAAAGGGUCACAUACACGCCACAGGGCACGACGAUGUAAGCACCGAAUGUCGCGAAAUCGAACUUCUCCAGCCAAGUACAAAAUUCUCCAUGAUAUUCUCAAGAGGACAGACAGUAAACGUUCAGAUGACAGCUGGGCCACAAAGGGGAUUGCUUGCUGUGAAGCCAAUGUUGUUUCACAUGACAAACAGUGUCAAUCUCUGUCUGUUGCAUACAGAUGACCCUGUGUUGCAUUUCUACCAGUAUGUAACAAAUUCAACGUGCGAUAAAUACCGAAAUGUGAAACAUUACUUGGAACGAUGGUUACCUUUGAUUUUGAUGGAGGCGGCCACUGGAGUAGUUCAGAACGAAGAAUCGUGUUGCAUAAAAAGCCGCUUUGUCUUGUGUCUGGAGCAUUGCGAGACAAGAAAUAUUGAACUUUCGGGCACAGAAACCGAUGACGAAGAAGAAGAUGAUGAUACCGACAGCGGCAAUUUUUCAUAUGACUGGCUCUGCUUGAAAGCAGCCGUUCCAAAUGUCAAGCAAGAAACAAAUAAUCAGUCAUUGUUCGGGAACCUUCAGAACUUUUGGAUAGGACAUGCGCAAGUGACCAAGGUCAAGAAGCUAAAAGAUUCUAACCAGAAGCUGAGAGAUGCUAGCAAGACUGGCAAAUUAAAGGUUUUCUUUGAGCUUCAUGACAAAGCUCCACCUGUCCCACUUGAACUGACACAAGAUGCGAAAAACGCGAAAUAUCAGGUUGAGAUUCUACGCAAGUCUGAAGUUGAUAGAAGGACAGAAACUUUUAUCAAGAAGCUUAAAUCUUGUGGUAAUUCUUUGGCGGUAAAAAUUGCCCUCAACGCCAAAAUACCAGAUCUUGAUCGAGAUCAUGCACAUAUUGUGACCACAUUGAGAGAUCGAGACUUGUAUUUCGACGGAACUGAAGGCAGUGAUGAAAAGCCGCUUCCGAGAAACAAUAAAAAGCAACAGGAAGCCAUCGACAAAGCACUUACAUCAAGAUUCACGCUGAUACAGGGUCCACCUGGAACUGGAAAAACGUACACAGGAAUCAAGCUAAUGUACCUAUUUGACAAGAUAAACCGCAUUCAACACAAAGAAGGGAAACCCAGCAAGCAAGUGUUGUUCUGUGGACCAUCAAACAAGUCAGUUGACCUUGUUGCCAGAUGGAUGUUGGAACGAAUGGGAACAUGCAAACCAAACUUUGUAAGAGUAUACGGUCGAUCCAUUGAGGCAAUCGACUUUCCCAUUCCCGGGCGCACUUUUUUAUCCAAAAAGAGCACACGGACUUCCAAAGCAGAUGAGAGACUUAAAUCAGUGACGCUUCAUCAUUUGAUUCGUGAAAAAGGGAAACCCUACGCAGAGGAAAUAAAAGCGAUGGACCGCUUUUUCAAGAAAACCAACUAUGCCCCUAUGCCCGAGCAGGCUCGAAAAUACGUGCAUCUUAUCCGUGAAGCUUGCAUAGACGAGAUACGCAAGCAUGAUGUUAUUCUAUGCACCACUGCAGUAGGCUCAAACCCCAAGGUGUUGGAGGCAACGUCCGUUCACCAGGUGAUAGUCGAUGAAGCUGGAAUGUGUCCUGAGCCACAAUGUUUGGUUCCGAUUAUUGCUACAAAAGCUGAACAGGUGGUUCUAAUUGGGGACCACAAACAGCUACGACCGAUAAUUAUGUGUAGGGAGGCAGGACAGCUGGGCAUGGAGACGUCGCUGUUUGAGAGAUACGCCACGUCGAGCAGCUCUUGCAACGUUCAGUUUGUAAUGCUAAACGAACAGUACCGCAUGCAUCCACAAAUUUGCGAAUUCCCGUCACGACAAUUUUAUGAAAAGAAGCUAAAAACGCGACCUGGUCCCUGGUGCUUUAAAGAGCCAGAGCAGCCCUUGAAGAUCUGGCCCCAGGAUCACUACGACACCUAUCCACACGUCCUGUUGCACGUGGAGGGAGAGGAAAAGGUUCUUACUGUGUCCACGGAAGACGGCAACGAACAGUCGAAGAGUAACGAAGCGGAAAUCAAUGAAGUGAUAAGAAUAUACCGGUAUCUAGGCGAGCAGACAUCCUACGACAAGGUAUGCAUCCUCUCGCAGUACAAUGCACAGUGCGCUGAGAUCCGACGCAGACUGAAGGACGAACAACUGCAAGAAGCACAUGUUAGCACCGUUGUAUCCAGCCAGGGCGGUGAGUGGGACUAUGUGAUCUUCAGUACCGUACGAUCGCUGCCUGAUUACAAAAUUGAGAAGAAUCCCACCUUGGGCUGGUGCAAGCACAAUCUCGGAUUCAUCACUGACCGUAACCAAGUCAACGUUGCCUUGACAAGAGCUAGAAAGGGCCUUGUAAUUAUCGGCAAUAAAAACCUCUUGUAUUGUGACAACGUCUGGCGCAAGUUGAUCGAGAGCUAUGAACAGAGAGGAUGCGUCAUGCCUGCUGACAAAUUCCCACAAAAAGGUGUCGAAAAGUCGAGGCUACAGCUUCUGGACGAGAGGACGGAGAUGAACAAGAGAAUUCACGGCGACACGAUGUUUGAACCGGGCGUAGGGAAGGCGACGUUUUACGAGGGACCUUUCGACUUCACAGAUGAUGAAGACGACAGUGAAGACGAUUAUACCGGAGGUACAACGAAUGGCAACGCGUCGUGGAAUCAUGUGUCGUCUGGUCGAAGGGCUGGUUCCGCUAUGGGAAGCCUAAACCAAAGAGGAGGUCGGUCAUCACAGGUGAUAUACAAUAGAAGAGGUGACGACGUUUCUCACAGGCAACAAUAAAAUCUGGAGGCAAAUGUUUUGUACGGUAAAUGAUAUAUUUACUCUCAGGACUGCCCAGACCGGGAGUUUGUUUUUUUUAAAUAAAUGUCACCAAGAGUUAUCUUGGAGAGUUUAAUUAUGUUUAUUAAUCAUUCUAAUUUGUUACUGAUCAUAGAUCAUAAUUUAAGAAAUAUGUGUCAUUUAUCAUACUUAUGUGGUAAUUCAUUAUUAAUGUUUUUCAUUUGUAUGAUAUUUAUUUUGACCAGAAGGCAGAUGUUAUGCCAAGCGAAUAUUAAACCAAUACUAGGGUUUCCAUUAUAAAAUAAUUAAAAAGGUUGAAUGAUUUUGAUUUGUGAAUAUUGUUGCAGGACGAAUUGUUUGUAACAAAGUGUUCGCAAUGCUUCAUAUAUUUGAUCUUAUGUGUUAUUUAUCGUAAAUAUGCCGUAUUCGCAAAUGUAUGUGUAUUUCAUUUUAUUAUGUAAUGGGACCGAAGCAAAUGUUCUCAUUAAUAUAUUUUUAUUGUAUUUGUAUGUUGAAAUAUAAAUAGUUAUACUAUUGUUUUUGAUGGUGAUGAUGGAAAAUCGUUUUUUUUUCAACAACAAUAUAUGGUUAUUUUUUAGGAUAACGUCAUAUGUUAUAAUUGAUCUUGAUGUUAAGUAUUACAUCCCCGAAUUAUAUUAAAAGAGAAACCACGUUGUAUUUUUAUUAUACCAUAUAUUUUUGUUACAAUAGUCUUGUAUGUAACAUAUUGUUGCUUCUAAUCAUGCUAGUACAUGCUUUCGUUACAUAGAUCUGUACUUGCUACAUCGUUGUUUAUAGUGAUGUCAAAUGCUUUUGUUUCGUUAAUUCUGCAUAAAACACAUUAUUGUUUCUCAUGAUGCCAUAGUCUUUUGUUACAAUAGAAGCAUAUCAAAUCAUCACUGAAGCAAUCAAUUGAUAUUCAAUCGUUACCGUUCGUUCAUCAAACGUGUGUGUUGCUCAACAUAACGUCCUUUUUCACGACGUAGAUUGCUUGUUUUGUAAUUGCUUAUUUUUUAUCAAUAGCAUUCAAGUGUUGUUUUGUGUAAAGUGAUGGCGUUCUGGUACUAUAUCCUGUUUUGUGUUGCUUUACGUAUCAGUAUUUUAUUUUGGAUUUCUAUGCCAUUUUGGUUACGUAUAUUGCAUAUGAUUACUCAAUACGACUUAAUGCUUUUUAUUAUAAAUAUUUUUAAAACGUUCGUCAUGUUUGUUUGAAAAUUAUGCGUUUUUUGUAAUGUAUAAGUUUAUAAAACGUAUCCGUUGGCUCUGUUUUCAAACAUUCAAAGUUUAAAUUUUGAUCUCUAUGUAAAUAUGUUUUUCUUUGUUUACUUUUCAUAGUAAAAGAGUGCUUAUUGUGUAAUAGUUGUCUAUGUUUAUUUGCCACUAAUCAAUCUUUUCCCUUUCUGUUGAUUUUUCACUGUACGUUAUUUGAAUUAAGAAAUCCCUCUGGAAGUUUUUAAUAGCAAACCUAGAAUAUCGACAUUGAUUGGUGAACAUAAAAAGAGUGUAUUCCCACAAAUUGUCUCAUAGAAUAGAAGUAACAAGUCUUGUAUUGUGCCAUGGUAGUUAUGUACUUUUAAACAUGUAUGAUUUUUAGCUCGGCUGUUUUCGGAGAAAACCCGAGGUAUUGUCAUAGCCAGCUCGUCGUCCGCCGUCCGCAGUAUGCCGUCCGCCGUAGGCGUCGUGCUAAAACCUUAACAUUGGCUCUAAAAUCAAAGUGCUUCCACCUACAACUUUGAAACUUGAUAUGUAGAUGCACCUUGAUGAGUUCUAUACGCCGCAUCCCAUUUUUGGGUCACUAGAUCAAAGGUCAAGGUCGCUGUGACCUCUAAUAUAAGACUUUAACAUAGGCUCUAAAGUCAAAGUGCUUCCACCUACAACUUUGAAACUUCAUAUGUAGAUGAACCUUGAUGAGUUCUACACGCCACACCCUUUUUUGGGUCACUAGGUCAAAGGUCAAGGUCACUGUGACCUCUAAAAAAAAUAAUUUCUGACAAGCUUUCGCAGCCGAGCGUGGCACCCGUUAUGCGGUGCUCUUGUUAUGAAAUUGCAAUCUGUCAUAAGCUAUUAGUGCCAAGCUAUAUUUGUAUUUUUAUUUAUAAUUUCACAACAUUUGUUUAUUGUUUAUUUUUCACUACAAAUAUAUAUCUUCUCGGUUGAUUUCAUUAUAAAUGAAUUUAUGUUUAUUGUUCUAUUUAUAAUUGCUUUAGAUCUAUCUUUUUCAUUUUUCUAAAAUUAAAAAAAACAUUAUUGUUUUAUAGGUGACUAGAUCUAGCUAUGUUGUGCGUCUUUCAUAAGUGUUGUACCAUUAUGGGAUUAGAACAAAGUCAUGUGCAAUCAUGUAACUGCACGUUAAUUGUCGUUCCUUUUCUUUUCAUGUCUUUCAUUUUCUGUGAUAGGUGUUUAUACUUAAUUUAUUUUAAUUUUAUGUUACUUGAAACUUUUGAUUUUGUCUUAAUUAUGUUUAGUUAUUUUGUAAUCAAGCUAAUUGUGUUAUAUUCGCUGAAUCUUGUGUAAUAAAAUCAGUAAACUCGA